AAGGAGUGAAUGAAUUCUAGAUGACCGAGCGCGCGCCCCCUAUCCGCGUCAAACAUGAGGAUGCUGAGGCCUUUGUCAUCGAGCUUCUUGAAGCAUCCGGGCUGUCCAGAAAGAGUGCCGAGAUUGUCGCCAAUGGGCUGGUACAGGCAGAUCUUCGAGGAGUCGAAAGCCACGGCAUCAAUCGUAUCCCUUCCUACCUCGCGCGCAUCCGCAAUGGCGUUCUGAGUCCAAAAGCGGAGCCAGCCGUGAAUCAGCUAACGCCCGUGGUUGCCCAAGUUGACGGCAGCAACGGUUUUGGUUUUUGCGCGGCCCACCUCGCCAUGGAAACAGCCAUCUCCAUGGCCCGGACGUUUGGCAUCGGCAUGGUGAGCGUCAAGCACAGUAACCACUUUGGCAUGUCCGCUUGGAUCGUCCGCCAAGCCACCGACGCCGGCAUGAUGAGUCUGGUUUUUACAAACUCGUCCCCGGCUUUGCCCAUCUGGGGCGGCAAGUCGCAGCUGAUGGGCGUCUCGCCAAUCGCCUGCGGAGCCCCCGGCGGCGACAAAUCGAUCCCCUUCAUCCUCGACAUGGCACCCUCAGUUGCUGCGCGUGGAAAAAUAUACAAGGCGCUCCGUCGCGGCGAGAAGAUCCCCAGUGAUUGGGCGCUAGACGAGGACGGGAAGCCGACCGACGACCCGGAGCAUGCUCUCAAGGGUGUCAUGCUGCCAAUGGGCGGGCCAAAGGGGUCGGCGUUGGCCAUCAUGAUGGAUGUUUUCUCCGGAGUGCUCUCCGGAUCUGCCUUUGCUGGAGGUGUGACGGGGCCGUAUGACAUGUCCAAGCCCGGAGACGUCGGGCACUUCAUCGUCGCAAUCAAGCCUGAUUUGUUCAUGACGCUGGACGAGUUUAAGGAGCGCAUGGACGUCCUCUACUGGCGGGUGGUGGAAUCGGAGAAAAUGGAUGGAGUGGACAGGAUCUACUUCCCUGGGGAGAUUGAGCAGUUGACCGAGGCGGAGAGGCGAAAGGAAGGGAUACCUUUCGUUCAGUCAGAGAUUGACGCGCUGAAUGCUGAGGCUGAGAGAUUGGGGGUGACCAAAAUUCAGAUCAUGCCUUGAGUUCAGAGGGUGUUGACUUGAUUAUCGACUCUUAAACAUAGACUGCCGGUAGAACUUUGCCAAGUCACGUUUUUGCAACAAAUACCGUACGAAA